CCAUGGAAACAGUUUGAAACAGUUUGUGUAGCGUUCAGAGGGGAACUAGCUCUAGCCUACUAGCUCAUAAUUCUCUGUGCAUUUGAUCUCUAAUACGAUCGUAAUGUGAAAGAUUUAAAUCCAGUUGAGUUAGUGAUUGUAUUAUGAACUAGUAGUUCUCCAUAAAGGUUUCUAUACGACCAUGUUAACACCAGCUAAUGUUAUGUUGAUGGUUAACAACACUCAUGAUGUGAAUCAUUGCGACGUGUGCCUGCAUUUGGCGAUUUUGACAUGAAACGUCAACAACGUUAACAACAACAACGUUAGCAUAAUGCAAAGAUGCCCUUCAGUUUGUUGGACUCUCUUGAUUCGGACACAGACAGCUUGGUCCAGGAAAAGGCCUAUCAGUUGGAGCUUCAGACGCGUAUUGGCAGUAACGUAAACAUUCAAAUCGAGGAAAAUGGUUCAGAUAUCAAUUUGAAGCGAAAUCAUUUCAUUUACGACAGUCUGGAGGUGACACCUGCUACACCCGUGGACAACCGAACUACAAGGACUGACGAGGAAGCGACAAGUGAUGACAGUGACGAGUAUGCAGACCUACGCUACAACCCUGACUGGAGGAGGAAUUUUGAGGAGGCACGUCUGUUCCACAAGCUGCGGACACGGCUCACCUUGGAUAAGGAUGUCUAUGAUGCCACUGCAGGCUCAGAUGAAAGCCUUGGGCAACUCCAGAGCUUGACCAAGAGGAGAAGUUGCGAAAAUGUCAACGGUAUCGGUCACAGGGUUGUACGAUCCGGUGGAUCCACGGAGGCCCACGUCAAAGUAGAGAAGCUUAGCGGCGUCCAGGCUGAUCUCCCCGCAUCCUCCUUCCACCUGCAUCCACCAGAACAUCAGGUAGCAGCCAACUCCUCCUCAGCGACACACAGUCAGACACAGUCCCCACCUGCAUCAGGGGCAACAGCCGGAGGAGGUCAUUCAAAUCGCACCUUGAAGCCCCGUAUACCCAAGCCACGAAGGCACCAGCAUCACAGAACAACCCUCGAGGGACAUGACCUAACAGGUGAACCCCCAGAGCAAGGGGAGGUAGGCACUGGCCGAGUCAAAGACCAUCAGGGGGCCUUUCCCCUCAGUCAGAAGAGUCGCUCACACAGACGGUCAAACGCAAGGGCAGCCAAACCAAGGACGGACAAGGUAGAACUGAACAAGGCGACGCUGGGUGUGAACCGAUCCAAGCAGGGGUCAUACCUGAGGAGGCAUGGGAAGAGGACUGACCAGCCGGAGCCAACAGAUGAGGUACAGGAGUCCGGGGAAGAUUCCAGCACAGACAGACAGGAGGACGAGAGGAGUUUGGAUUCUGAGCACCUGUGGCUUCAGAGGACCCAGAGGCUGAAGGUCACUCAGGGCCAUGGAGAGAGGAAACCUCAACCGAAGGGGGGAAAUGGCAAACCUCCCCUGCAGAACCGGCCCAACAGGAGUCACGCAGCUCGGACCAGAUGCCGGUUGAGCGCGCUCCCCGCCAGGCCUUCGGCUGCAGGGGAUACCCACACUCUGGCCGAGAUUAUGGUCAUCGACGAGGCCCGCUCCUCCAGCGACGCCUCGGACACCCCAACACCACCACCACGUCCAGCAGCAGCAAUACAGCAGCCCAGACGAUCCCGUCUCCCUGCCUCUCUUCCUUCCUCAGACGGGACCCCCAUGGUCAACCUGAACAUAAACCUGAGCACCUCCAAAGGCAGGGACCUCUCCCCCCACACCAGCAAAGAGCAGCAGCAGGCCGGCCUCCUAACGUUGGUCUCUCCCAGGGCCCCUCAGUGGGUGCUGCAGCCUCAGGUCUACCCCGCGCUUUUCACAGGCUCGGACAGCAGUCCAGGCCACUUCCCGCUCCCUCCCCACGCGGCUGGCAUGGGGCAGUGGGCCCUGCUGAUGGCCUCCCCCAGCGCUGCUCCAGAGGCUGGACAGCAGGGCCUAGACAUGCUAAUGCCCCCUGGUGGUGCUCAUUUAUGGGGCCUGAACAGUGAAAGAGUGACCAUGUGGCAGCCUAAUGCAGACUGGAGCCAGGAGCCUGCUGUGCAGACGCGCGAUCCCUCGCUCAAAUCCAGCCAUUCCACAGAGAGCGUGGGACCCUAUGCUGUGCUGCCCCCUAUUGGCAGGACCGUGGCAGAGGAGCGCAUGGCUGGCGGGGCUCUGGGCGGCACGGGGACACUCGGCCCCAGGAGCUGCUCUGAUGGGUACCUGGCUCAGCUGGAGAGGCAGAGGCACACAAAGGCACAGGCGGGAUAUAAGGUGUACACACUCAAGGAUUAUAAAAGUAUUAAGCACAAUGUGAAGCUUGGAGGUCUUGGACCAAGUAAUGCUGUAACAGAAACAACUGCAGAGAAAAUGAGACGCCAGAAGCUGUAUUCAGAUGUGAUCCGGCAGCAGAACAAGAACAUAAGUAGGAUUCCCUUUCUACCGGCUCGGGCAAAGACACAGGCCCCGGAGAGGACUGACAAGGACACGACUCCCAGGAGGAAGGCUUUGGAAUAUGCCAGAACUAUCGCAAAGCCGAAAGUGUCACCGAGGCCGAAGAAGGAGUCCCAGACGCAGACGCAGGCCGCAGGUGCUCAGGCCCAGGCGCAGUCGAGCUAUUUGAGUGAGGUGGACAUUGGCCGGCUGACCCUGCUGGAGAGCCUGCGCCAGCGGCACGAGCAAGAGAAGCAGGCCGUGGCUCAGCUCAGCGCUGUUCAUGCUAUUUAACCCGCCAUGGCGCAGGUUUGACUAGAUGUAGGGCUUUAUAAGGAAAUCUCUGAGCACUUUCUUAUCUUGUGGAGUAUAUUCUUUUACGCAGUCAAAUGAAAUGGCAUUUAAACGUCUUGGCAGUGCAAUCUGCCAUAUUGGAGGGUCUCCAUCAGAACUCAGUUCCUCCAAACACAUGUUGACUGAAUUUUCAAUGAGUUGUCAAGAAGGAACGAUGGAUGUUAAAAUCUUGUUAAAAUGUCCGUUCAUGACCUCAAAAUGCAUUUGUUGUAUAAUAUGUUUUAUUCAUAAAUAUUUUAAAUAAAAAGCAGUUUGUCCGUGGGUUAACCCAUGCGACAGAGAAGAUUGAACUCUUA